AUGGCUGGGGGUGCCGCUGGCCUUGGCGACCCCGCCGUCCCCGCGCGGUCGCCCUCCCCAGCCCGGCAAGCAGCUUGGGCGUCCAGCCCGGCCCAGUCCCUGCAGGGAGGGAGCGCAGGAGCUGGGGGCCGCUCUCCCGGGGCGGGGCUUGCUCCACAAGCGCCGGGGGCGGCGCGGGGCGUGGACGUGGGCGUGGGAGGGGCCGGGGGCGGGGCCGGCCGUGGCUGCGGCGGGGGCGGCGGCGGCGUCUCCAGUGGGAGCCAAGGACCUGUUCGUUCUUCUUUGGGCUAUAAGAAGGCAGAGGAUGAGAUGUCCCGGGCCACGUCUGUUGGAGACCAGCUGGAGGCACCCGCCCGCACCAUUUACCUCAACCAACCGCAUCUCAACAAAUUCCGCGACAACCAGAUCAGUACGGCCAAGUACAGCGUGUUGACAUUUCUACCUCCAUUCUUGUAUGAGCAGAUUAGAAGAGCUGCUAAUGCCUUCUUUCUCUUCAUUGCCUUAUUACAGCAAAUUCCAGAUGUAUCUCCAACAGGAAGAUAUACCACCCUGGUGCCAUUGAUCAUUAUUUUAACAAUUGCAGGCAUCAAAGAGAUUGUAGAAGAUUUUAAGCGACACAAGGCAGACAAUGCAGUUAACAAAAAGAAAACAAUAGUGUUAAGAAAUGGUAUGUGGCAUACCAUUAUGUGGAAAGAGGUGGCAGUGGGAGACAUUGUGAAGGUCGUCAAUGGGCAGUAUCUUCCAGCAGAUGUGGUCCUGCUGUCCUCCAGUGAACCUCAGGCAAUGUGUUAUGUUGAAACAGCUAAUCUGGAUGGGGAGACGAACCUUAAAAUACGUCAGGGUUUGAGUCACACUGCUGACAUGCAAACACGUGAAGUUCUGAUGAAGUUAUCUGGAACUAUAGAGUGUGAAGGGCCCAACCGCCACCUCUAUGACUUCACUGGAAACUUGAACUUAGAUGGGAAAAGCCUUUUUGCCCUUGGGCCUGACCAGAUCUUAUUAAGAGGCACACAGCUUAGAAAUACUCAGUGGGUCUUUGGCAUAGUUGUUUAUACUGGACAUGACACCAAACUCAUGCAGAAUUCAACCAAAGCACCUCUCAAGAGAUCAAACGUUGAGAAGGUGACUAACGUGCAGAUCCUGGUGUUGUUUGUCAUCCUCUUGGUCAUGGCCUUGGUGAGCUCGGCGGGGGCCCUGUACUGGAACAGGUCUCACGGCGAAAAGAACUGGUACAUCAAGAAGAUGGACACCACCUCAGAUAAUUUUGGAUACAACCUGCUGACGUUCAUCAUCUUAUACAACAAUCUUAUUCCCAUCAGUCUGCUGGUGACUCUUGAGGUUGUGAAGUAUACCCAAGCCCUUUUCAUAAACUGGGCUAUAGAUGAAAAUGUAGGAGCAGCAGCAAGAGAUGGAAGAAGGAGACCAACUGAGCCACAUUCAUGGACUCUGUGCCAGAGGGCCUGACUCCUCCAUCCCAGGGCCACACAUAUGGGGACAGCAAAGGAUAAUAAAUCCCACGGAUUGUCCUUCCAGACCCCUCCCAUUGGUGAUGCCAUUGAAGACUGGCUCAACCUGGAGGCAGCUGCAUGCUGUUCCUGACAUUACCAGACCUGCCCACUCUCCCCUGGAUCCCAACAUCGCCAUCUGCCUGGGUCCUCACUCUUGCAACCCAAGGAGGGCCUCCUAAAUUAGGAAAGUGCUUUGGCUCCUUGUCAAUAACAAAGGAUCUUUUUGAACCUCAUCAGUGGAAGCACAGCUCAACACACACAUGCUCACACACACACACACAAUGGCGUGUUUAGAUGCUCACAUGUGCUUUCUGCACAGGGCUACAUCAUUUUCUCCCCUUCAAGUUUGCUCCCAAACAGAUUUAUUUUCUAAUUUUUAUUUUGUUGUACUGUAUGUAUCAACUGCACAAGGCAAUCAGCCAAAGAGAGAUUUAAACAUAUGGACUAAAUUUCAUGUCUUUGGAAAACAUGGUAGAGCAAGACAGCAAUAUGCUCUUCCACUCUGCUCUCUGGGGCUGCCACUUGGCUGGGGAGGGGCCAUGUUACACCUGGGCCAAAUCAUCCCGGGGCUCCCGCUCAAAGCACCACCCUCAUGUCUGCAACAGCCUGUGCAAAUAUGCAAAGCCCUCUUUGAAAGCUCUGCGGUGCUGCUUAGUGGUGUUCUUUGCACCUUGAGCAACGCUCACUCACAUGCAAGACCUGCCCAUGGACAUACCAGGAUUAGCAAAGCAAUCCAUAGCCCUGAAUUUCUGUGGGUGCCUGCAUUUGCUGUGCUACAAGGGGAAGAGAUUGUCAUUUACAGUGAAAAAUAAAGGUGGUGUUAAUUAAAUUUAUAUUUCUAAGUGUCAACGUCUCCAGACCUCUAUUCCUUUUGUAAGGUGAGCAAGUAUGUCUUACAAAAGAAUGAGCCAGAAAUGAACUUCAUUUUACUGUUAUAAUAUCCAGAAUUCACACAUUUUUAAGCAUUUGCUAAAAUAAAUAGUGUUUUUACAAUUGA